AUGGCUGUCAAGCUGGAUUUAAGUAAGAGUGCAGUGGGAAGGAAGGUGAAAGCAGGGGAACUGAGGCCACAUACAAAUGCUGUGAAGCCCCUACUUACUGCCGCAAACAAGUUAACAAGAAUGAAAUGGGGUCUCAUUCAUGUUCAGCCAGUGGUGCACAAUGGUAUGCUCAAAUACCACACAAUGCACAAUGUAGUGCACAUUGAUGAAAAAUGGUUUUUCAUGACUAAGACUACGGAUAGAUACUACCUGCUGCCAGAUGUGGAAGAACCAUAUAGGUCAUACCAUACUUUGGAGAAGAUUGAGAUGUCAUAUUUGAUGGAAAAAUAUGCAUCUUUCCAUUCACAACAAAAGAGCCAGCACAUAGAAAAUCCAAGAACAGACCAAAAGAUCAUACCAACAAUCAAGGCUAAAUGGCCAGAUAACAUAAGCAAUGAGAUAUUCAUACAACAAGACAAUGCAAGACCCCACAUCAUGCAUAAUGAUGCAGAAUUUCAGUCAGUUGCAAACACAGAUGGGUUCAAAUUCCAUAUCAUUUGCCAACCAGCUAAUUCCCCAGAUUGUAAUGUGUUGGAUUUAGGUUUUUUUAGAGCAAUCCAGUCUAUACAAGAUGACAAACUGGCUAGGGGAGUGGAUGACUUGUUGAGUAAUGUGCAAAGCUCUUUUGAAGAACUUAGUGCACAAACACUCAACAAAGUUUUUCUGACUCUUCAAGCUUGCUUAACAAAGAUUUUGAAAGUGGAAGGGGGAAAUGGCUACAAAACUCCACACAUAAACAAAGACAGGUUGUCAAGGCUGGGGAUACUUCCACACACAUUGGAGGUUGAAGAACAUGUUGUCAAGGCUGCAGUGGCAUACCUCCAACAGACAGAAAAUGAUGUUGGCACAUGA